CUUUGCUCUCUUUACUUCCUUUGCUUUUCCCCUUCCUUAACCCAUCUUUCCCUCGUUUACUCGUUUCUUCCUACGUCUCAUCGCCCCAGAGCUUCCUUCUGUACUGUCUCUCUGAAGAUAUUCCGCUCGGCUCCGCCAUGAGCUCCCAGCGUUAUCAGCGGGUACGCUUUCCCUUUCAGCUGAUUAAUGAUGAAUUCAUUCGAACAUGCCUCAUGAUACAUGCCUUCCUAUUGUAGUCUCUGAGAUUCACAUUGGAAGUUUAUACAGCCAUGAUGUUUGAACUCACUAACGCCGAGCACUUCAGGUUGAUACCCAUGAUGACAGUGAUGGAGAGCCUGAUCAUUCACGACUAAAUGCCGCCAUUCCAUCGUCCCCGCCCCCGUCAUUCCAUUCGCGCUCGUCUUCGCCUUCAUCAAGACGACUGCUACAUGAUGAGCCAUCGCGUAAUAACGAGGCCGAUACAGCUCUUACCGACGCAUUUGGCGCCGAGGACGAAUCUGACGCAGAUGAGGAACCCGACGACAGGCAGCGCUUAAUGAGGGCGAACCCGGAAUCGCGGACAUCUACACAUAAUAUCAACGAAGCGGCUUCCUCGUCUGAUGCGAGGACAGAAACGCAGAGUGAAUCGCAUGGCUUGGGGACGCGGGGGAGGAGCGGGACGGUCCUACCUACCUUCAGUGGCUCGACGGCGCCGUCUGGUCGUGUAAUAAACUCGACCAACGAUGGAGUCUUUGCUAACCUGGCUGCUAAACCAGAACGGGGAGAGAAGACUGAGGACCUGCCUCCUUCCUAUGAGGAGGCCGCUGCAGAUGCUACACCCCCAUACUGGGAGACGACUAUUUUGGCUCCGGGUAUAUCAUCCGACGAAGUUUACGUUGAUGGGCUACCAGUUGGGUCUAUUUUCUCAUUUGUGUGGAAUGCGAUGAUCUCAAUGUCCUUCCAGCUGGUUGGCUUUCUCCUUACAUACCUCUUACACACUACGCAUGCUGCCAAGAACGGAAGCAGAGCCGGCCUUGGCCUCACGCUGGUUCAGUACGGUUUCUACAUGAAAGGUAGUAGUGAGACGAGAGGGCCAGAAGAUGGAGGCUCCGAUCCCUACAUGUCAACCCCACCGGACCCUAAUUCGCAUAAUUUCGACCCGAACUCCGUUUCAGAUAAUUCUGCAGCCGGCACUGCGACUGAGGGAAGUAGCGGGCUACCGUCGAUUAGCACAGGCGAGUGGAUUUCGUAUGUCCUGAUGGUAGUGGGGUGGUUUAUUCUUAUUCGCGCAGUCAGCGACUUUCUGCGCGCACGGCGUCAUGAACAACUUGUUUUGCAGAGUCCUGAUCGGGGACUCCCAGUCCCUGUUGUCGCUGAGGGCGAGAGGUCGGAGACGGUUGUCUGAGACCCGCGAGCAACACAAAAUAAGAAAAGGGGGGAAAUCCAUAAUGGACAUGCGAUGAGGGCCAUACGGUUGGGACCCGGGAGCCUGGAGUUCUCUUUAUUCUUAUUAUUGACCAUGACCUGGCAGCUGUCCAUUUUUGGUGGUUCUUUCAGUCACUCCUUUUGUUCUCUUUUUGUCUUCUUAUUGCCAGCAGCUCUAUUGAUACACGGCACUUACAUCUAUUGUGAAGAUACCAAUUAAUUCCGGGUUCGGCAUCGUCGGGGAGACGUCGCAUCAUGUAUUUCAUUGUGCCCCGGUUCUGUUUCUGAUUAUUCUUGGAAUUGGAAUAUACAUAUGCAUAAAUAGUACACCGAGUUAUACGAGAGAUCGAUCUUCCGG